UGACUAACACUGUUGCAGACUGGUCAAUCUCUUCAUAAAAAGACCAUUCUGUACUCUUCAUGAGGCUGUAAGCGUGUCUUUGUGCAAGGGUGACCUAAUAUAAUGGCCUGUUGAGACAGUAAAUAUUUUAAACAAUCUCAAAGCAGGACUCUGUUCUUGUUAAUUGAUUUUCAAAAUGCGUCGCAGAGUGACAGGUACUGCGUUUGAGAUGCUGGGCUGUGGUGGUACUAUCACGAGCCCGAGGGUGAGCAGGCUUUUGCUUGCCCCCAUCACGAAAACAAUCACCCCCACCUCGACAGACAGCGAAAGAUUUCGUUCUACAUCUUCAAUACAGGGAUAUACAGAACUGGCACGAGAGAGGUCCAAAACCGUUACGUCGUUUUACAACCAGUCUGCAAUCGAUGUCUCGGCAGAAAAGGCCUCAGUCCGACUGACACCAGCCACCUUGCUCUACGCUGGGAAGUCUCCAGAUGGACACCACAUCCUGAGCAGUGCCAAGUACCUGCACAAGGAGUUGCCUGUACGGAUCGCCCACCGUAUCAAGGGCUUCCGCAGUCUGCCCUUCAUCAUUGGCUGCAACCCCACCAUCCUGCAAGUUCAUGAGCUCUACAUUCGAGCCUACCACGUGUUGAGUGACUUCCCAGCAAUCAAGGACCAGGAGAUGGAGGCUCGCUACAGAAAGCUGGUGCAGCAGCUCCUGGACGACCACAAGGACGUAGUAACUCUGCUGGCCGAAGGCUUCAGGGAGUGUCGGAGGCACAUUCAGGAUGAGACCCUGGUCCGUAACUUCCUGGACACCACCCUCACCUCCCGCUUGGGGAUCCGGAUGUUGGCCACACACCACCUUGCCCUGCAUGAAGAAAACCCUGAUUUUGUGGGCAUCAUCUGCAGGCGACUUUCCCCCAAAAAGAUCAUUGAGAAAUGGGUUGAUUUUGCAAGGCGUCUGUGUGAGCACCAGUAUGGUAACUCCCCGCGGGUGCGUAUAAAUGGCCAUGUGGCGGCCCGCUUCCCCUUCAUCCCUCUGCCCCUAGACUACAUCCUGCCAGAGCUGCUGAAGAACGCCAUGAGGGCCACCAUGGAAAGCCACCUCGACACGCCUUACAAUGUACCUGAUGUCGGAGUCACCAUCGCCAACAACGACGUGGACUUUGUCAUCAGGAUCUCAGACCGUGGCGGCGGAAUCCCCCACAGGAUCCUGGACAAGGUGACAGACUACCAUUACAGCACAGCUGAAGAGAGCAACCAAGACCCUCGCAUGAACAACCUCUUCAACACCAUGACCAACAGCGGCCCUCAGUCCGGCCCCAUGCACGGGUUUGGCUUCGGGCUGCCCACCUCCCGGGCGUACGCCGAGUACCUGGGUGGCUCCCUGUCCAUCCAGUCCAUGCAGGGCAUCGGCACCGAUGUAUACCUGCGCCUGCGCCACAUAGACGGCAAGGGAGAGAGCUUCCGCGUCUAAGAUCACUUGCUGCUUAGCCCUGGAGACCAAGGGGAGGGGGUGGCGAUACAGGGAGCACAGAGACAUUUCCACCAAGGGGCUCAGCCAUUUCAGCAUUAGCCUGGGCUAGUCUACAGUGAUAAAUUGCCAGUUGGCUCCUCACAACUCACUUCUACAAGUUUCCUUUUUUCGCCUCAAGACUUUAAACAGGCUAAGAUGGUGGCCGGUUUGGCGCUCUCACCUUUUUUUGUUUUGUGUUUCCCUUUAUCGCCCAUCUCUUCAGCAUCGUGAGUUUUUUUGAACUCUUAAGCAUACAGGUCAUAAACAGAAUAUGCAUGGUGGUUAGUGUUGAUGUUACUGUGGUAGAAAGGAAAAGGAAAGAAACUUCAGCCUGAAAGAAGUUAAUUUGGUCUGCCUGCAAGUUACUGGUGUUGCAUAUAGCCUCUGCAAAUAUAAAGAGACUAAAGAAGCAGGGAAGAGAGGAGUCUCAUUUAACACACACCAGUGGCUAUUAUUGGAGUUUAGAUGAAGCUUCCCUCAAAGACCUCUUGAAUCGCCUGUGGAGGACACCGUGGACGAAACUGGCAAAACACCAGUCGAACUACACUCAUGAAUUGAUUUGCAGAAAGAACUGUUAAGUUAACUCUUGCUUCAGUGCCAUUUUGUCAAGCGCUUAGGCAAGGUCAUGAGUAGAUGUUCAGUUGCCUUACUGUGUGUGAUGCUGGUCCCUACGACGACAUGUUAACUUAACCAUUAGCACUGCUCAAUAUCAUCUUUAUCUGUAAUGCAAUUUCACACUCGUUAGUCUAUCUAAUAUAGAAUGUUGAAAAACGUUUCAUUUUUAUUUGGGGGGGGGGGGUUCUCAUUUCUUGCUGUGUUAUUACAAUACCUAAACUAAAGUUUAUAUAAAAAAAAAUUGCUUCCUAUACACCGAAAGAAGUAAUGUUUUUAUUAAUGUUUUUACUUAUUUAUCUGCAGAGAAAGUGUUAAAUAAGUCAAUAUUUCACAAGUUUUUUAUUUUCUUUGUUUGAAGGCAUUUGUUACUGAACACAUUCCGAGAAGGGUCAAUAAGUUUGAUCAAACUUUUGAAACCUUACUUUGAGUAUGGUUGACAUUUUAAUGUGCAUGAAUUAUCCAGAUAUAUAACUUUAGGUAUGUGGUCUGGCCAGCUGGCAUAAGAAUGCUGGGAAUUGGCACGUAAAUCCUUUAAAAGUAUAUACAUCAGUGAGGAACAUUCGCAAUGUUUCACCUCGCUAAAUAUACCUCUGGUGAUUAACAGACGUUCCCUGUGAUUUUAAAGUUUUGGGAUGGGACUAGGUAGAGAAUAUUAGGCUCUUUCUAGCAUGAUAAUUCCUAGUGGCUAGACUUCAGUCACCUCAUGAAUGAUGUGCCCUGUCCAAAUCUGCCCCCUGCUUGCAAAAGAGAUGAAGCUUGACAAAAAAUAUCUGCAUAAUAGAUAACUUUUUACUGCUAAUACAAGUCAUAACUCUAUAAUUUAAAUGCUCGUUUUACAUCAUUACUGUCAACUUUUUGGGCAGGGGGGGACUUUUCUGGAAACAUACUUGUCAUAUAGGUUUUGUGGUCUUUUUUUUGUUAUUAACACUGUUUUAUGGUCAUGAAAUGAAGGCUUACACACCCAUAUUAUUAUUUCCUUCUCCUUUAAUACAUUGCCAAAUUAUGGAGUGGGGUUACUAGCAGUCUGCACUGGCAUAGAUUACUUUGUCUGAUUAGUUGAUGUCUGUCUAUUUUAACAUUUUCAUUGUUAAGUUUUCUUGGGCAUUAUUAAAAUCUAUUCAUGGGUGGAA